AUGGAGAUGUAUCAACAACCUCAAGGAAGCUACCACUCUUCAGAUUCGUUGAGACGAUUUUCUUCUAACAAUCCAUUCAGACAACAGCCAUUCAGUGCACCGCAACAUUCGAAUCCGUCCAAUGGAUCGAUCAGAUCAUCGAAUGCUGCAUUUGACGACUGGGUCGAAAGAAACAAAAAAAUUAUUAACGAGUCGUCAGACGAAGAAGAUGGCGCAGUGACCGCUGAUACAAUUGUGAAUUUCUACGGAAGUUCCAUAUCACCAGUAAAGCCAAACCGUGAAGAAUUGGCCAAACCAGAGCUUCCACCGAAGCCAGUAAGAACAGGCAGUGAUUCCACGGUGAACUAUGCCCCAAGGAUGGAAAGGUACGUAUAA